AUGCUCGUCCCCCAUUCAUCCAUUCAUCCAUCCCUCGUCUCCCCAUUCAUCCAUUCUCCAUCCCUCGUCUCCCCAUUCAUCCAUUCUCCAUCCCUCGUCUCCCCAUCAUCCAUUCUCCAUCCCUCGUCUCCCCAUUCAUCCAUUCUCCAUCCCUCGUCUCCCCAUUCAUCCAUUCUCCAUCCCUCGUCUCCCCAUUCAUCCAUUCUCCCAUCCCUCGUCUCCCAUUCAUCCAUUCUCCAUCCCUCGUCUCCCCAUUCAUCCAUUCUCCAUCCCUCGUCUCCCCAUUCAUCCAUUCUCCAUCCCUCGUCUCCCCAUUCAUCCAUUCUCCAUCCCUCGUCUCCCCAUUCAUCCAUUCUCCAUCCCUCGUCUCCCCAUUCAUCCAUUCUCCAUCCCUCGUCUCCCAUCAUCCAUUCUCCAUCCCUCGUCUCCCCAUUCAUCCAUUCUCCAUCCCUCGUCUCCCAUUCAUCCAUUCUCCAUCCCUCGUCUCCCCAUUCAUCCAUUCUCAUCCAUCUCUCCCCAUUCAUCCAUUCUCCAUCCUCCCGUCUCUCCCAUCAUCUCGUUCCCCAUCAGAUCACCUCUCGUCUCCCCAUUCAUCCAUUCUCCAUCCCUCGUCUCCCCAUUCAUCCAUUCUCCAUCCCCAUUCAUCCUUCUCCAUCCCUCGUCUCCCAUAUCCAUUCUCCAUCCCUCGUCUCCCCCAUUCAUCCAUUCUCCAUCCCUCGUCUCCCCAUUCAUCCAUUCUCCAUCCCUCGUCUCCCAUUCAUCCAUUCUCCAUCCCUCGUCUCCCCAUUCAUCCAUUCUCCAUCCCUCGUCUCCCCAUUCAUCCAUUCUCCAUCCCUCGUCUCCCCAUUCAUCCAUUCUCCAUCCCUCGUCUCCCCAUUCAUCCAUUCUCCAUCCCUCGUCUCCCCAUUCAUCCAUUCUCCAUCCCUCGUCUCCCCAUUCAUCCAUUCUCCAUCCCUCGUCUCCCCAUUCAUCCAUUCUCCAUCCCUCGUCUCCCCUUCAUCCAUUCUCCAUCCCUCGUCUCCCCAUUCAUCCAUUCUCCAUCCCUCGUCUCCCCAUUCAUCCAUUCUCCAUCCCUCGUCUCCCAUUCAUCCAUUCUCCAUCCCUCGUCUCCCCAUUCAUCCAUUCUCCAUCCCUCGUCUCCCCAUUCAUCCAUUCUCCAUCCCUCGUCUCCCCAUUCAUCCAUUCUCCAUCCCUCGUCUCCCCAUUCAUCCAUUCUCCAUCCCUCGUCUCCCCAUUCAUCCAUUCUCCAUCCCUCGUCUCCCCAUUCAUCCAUUCUCCAUCCCUCGUCUCCCCAUUCAUCCAUUCUCCAUCCCUCGUCUCCCCAUUCAUCCAUUCUCCAUCCCUCGUCUCCCCAUUCAUCCAUUCUCCAUCCCUCGUCUCCCCAUUCAUCCAUUCUCCAUCCCUCGUCUCCCCAUUCAUCCAUUCUCCAUCCCUCGUCUCCCCAUUCAUCCAUUCUCCAUCCCUCGUCUCCCCAUUCAUCCAUUCUCCAUCCCUCGUCUCCCCAUUCAUCCAUUCUCCAUCCCUCGUCUCCCCAUUCAUCCAUUCUCCAUCCCUCGUCUCCCCAUUCAUCCAUUCUCCAUCCCUCGUCUCCCCAUUCAUCCAUUCUCCAUCCCUCGUCUCCCCAUUCAUCCAUUCUCCAUCCCUCGUCUCCCAUUCAUCCAUUCUCCAUCCCUCGUCUCCCCAUUCAUCCAUUCUCCAUCCCUCGUCUCCCCAUUCAUCCAUUCUCCAUCCCUCGUCUCCCCAUUCAUCCAUUCUCCAUCCCUCGUCUCCCCAUUCAUCCAUUCUCCAUCCCUCGUCUCCCCAUUCAUCCAUUCUCCAUCCCUCGUCUCCCCAUUCAUCCAUUCUCCAUCCCUCGUCUCCCCAUUCAUCCAUUCUCCAUCCCUCGUCUCCCCAUUCAUCCAUUCUCCAUCCCUCGUCUCCCCAUUCAUCCAUUCUCCAUCCCUCGUCUCCCCAUUCAUCCAUUCUCCAUCCCUCGUCUCCCCAUUCAUCCAUUCUCCAUCCCUCGUCUCCCCAUUCAUCCAUUCUCCAUCCCUCGUCUCCCCAUUCAUCCAUUCUCCAUCCCUCGUCUCCCCAUUCAUCCAUUCUCCAUCCCUCGUCUCCCCAUUCAUCCAUUCUCCAUCCCUCGUCUCCCAUUCAUCCAUUCUCCAUCCCUCGUCUCCCCAUUCAUCCAUUCUCCAUCCCUCGUCUCCCCAUUCAUCCAUUCUCCAUCCCUCGUCUCCCCAUUCAUCCAUUCUCCAUCCCUCGUCUCCCCAUUCAUCCAUUCUCCAUCCCUCGUCUCCCCAUUCAUCCAUUCUCCAUCCCUCGUCUCCCCAUUCAUCCAUUCUCCAUCCCUCGUCUCCCCAUUCAUCCAUUCUCCAUCCCUCGUCUCCCCAUUCAUCCAUUCUCCAUCCCUCGUCUCCCCAUUCAUCCAUUCUCCAUCCCUCGUCUCCCCAUUCAUCCAUUCUCCAUCCCUCGUCUCCCCAUUCAUCCAUUCUCCAUCCCUCGUCUCCCCAUUCAUCCAUUCUCCAUCCCUCGUCUCCCCAUUCAUCCAUUCUCCAUCCCUCGUCUCCCCAUUCAUCCAUUCUCCAUCCCUCGUCUCCCCAUUCAUCCAUUCUCCAUCCCUCGUCUCCCCAUUCAUCCAUUCUCCAUCCCUCGUCUCCCCAUUCAUCCAUUCUCCAUCCCUCGUCUCCCCAUUCAUCCAUUCUCCAUCCCUCGUCUCCCCAUUCAUCCAUUCUCCAUCCCUCGUCUCCCCAUUCAUCCAUUCUCCAUCCCUCGUCUCCCCAUUCAUCCAUUCUCCAUCCCUCGUCUCCCCAUUCAUCCAUUCUCCAUCCCUCGUCUCCCCAUUCAUCCAUUCUCCAUCCCUCGUCUCCCCAUUCAUCCAUUCUCCAUCCCUCGUCUCCCCAUUCAUCCAUUCUCCAUCCCUCGUCUCCCCAUUCAUCCAUUCUCCAUCCCUCGUCUCCCCAUUCAUCCAUUCUCCAUCCCUCGUCUCCCCAUUCAUCCAUUCUCCAUCCCUCGUCUCCCCAUUCAUCCAUUCUCCAUCCCUCGUCUCCCCAUUCAUCCAUUCUCCAUCCCUCGUCUCCCCAUUCAUCCAUUCUCCAUCCCUCGUCUCCCCAUUCAUCCAUUCUCCAUCCCUCGUCUCCCCAUUCAUCCAUUCUCCAUCCCUCGUCUCCCCAUUCAUCCAUUCUCCAUCCCUCGUCUCCCCAUUCAUCCAUUCUCCAUCCCUCGUCUCCCCAUUCAUCCAUUCUCCAUCCCUCGUCUCCCCAUUCAUCCAUUCUCCAUCCCUCGUCUCCCCAUUCAUCCAUUCUCCAUCCCUCGUCUCCCCAUUCAUCCAUUCUCCAUCCCUCGUCUCCCCAUUCAUCCAUUCUCCAUCCCUCGUCUCCCCAUUCAUCCAUUCUCCAUCCCUCGUCUCCCCAUUCAUCCAUUCUCCAUCCCUCGUCUCCCCAUUCAUCCAUUCUCCAUCCCUCGUCUCCCCAUUCAUCCAUUCUCCAUCCCUCGUCUCCCCAUUCAUCCAUUCUCCAUCCCUCGUCUCCCCAUUCUCCAUUCUCCAUCCCCGUCUCCCCAUUCAUCCAUUCUCCAUCCCUCGUCUCCCCAUUCAUCCAUUCUCCAUCCCUCGUCUCCCCAUUCAUCCAUUCUCCAUCCCUCGUCUCCCCAUUCAUCCAUUCUCCAUCCCUCGUCUCCCCAUUCAUCCAUUCUCCAUCCCUCGUCUCCCCAUUCAUCCAUUCUCCAUCCCUCGUCUCCCCAUUCAUCCAUUCUCCAUCCCUCGUCUCCCCAUUCAUCCAUUCUCCAUCCCUCGUCUCCCCAUUCAUCCAUUCUCCAUCCCUCGUCUCCCCAUUCAUCCAUUCUCCAUCCCUCGUCUCCCCAUUCAUCCAUUCUCCAUCCCUCGUCUCCCCAUUCAUCCAUUCUCCAUCCCUCGUCUCCCCAUUCAUCCAUUCUCCAUCCCUCGUCUCCCCAUUCAUCCAUUCUCCAUCCCUCGUCUCCCCAUUCAUCCAUUCUCCAUCCCUCGUCUCCCCAUUCAUCCAUUCUCCAUCCCUCGUCUCCCCAUUCAUCCAUUCUCCAUCCCUCGUCUCCCCAUUCAUCCAUUCUCCAUCCCUCGUCUCCCCGUUCAUCCAUUCUCCAUCCCUCGUCUCCCCGUUCAUCCAUUCUCCAUCCCUCGUCUCCCCAUUCAUCCAUUCUCCAUCCCUCGUCUCCCCAUUCAUCCAUUCUCCAUCCCUCGUCUCCCCAUUCAUCCAUUCUCCAUCCCUCGUCUCCCCAUUCAUCCAUUCUCCAUCCCUCGUCUCCCCAUUCAUCCAUUCUCCAUCCCUCGUCUCCCCAUUCAUCCAUUCUCCAUCCCUCGUCUCCCCAUUCAUCCAUUCUCCAUCCCUCGUCUCCCCAUUCAUCCAUUCUCCAUCCCUCGUCUCCCCAUUCAUCCAUUCUCCAUCCCUCGUCUCCCCAUUCAUCCAUUCUCCAUCCCUCGUCUCCCCAUUCAUCCAUUCUCCAUCCCUCGUCUCCCCAUUCAUCCAUUCUCCAUCCCUCGUCUCCCCAUUCAUCCAUUCUCCAUCCCUCGUCUCCCCAUUCAUCCAUUCUCCAUCCCUCGUCUCCCCAUUCAUCCAUUCUCCAUCCCUCGUCUCCCCAUUCAUCCAUUCUCCAUCCCUCGUCUCCCCAUUCAUCCAUUCUCCAUCCCUCGUCUCCCCAUUCAUCCAUUCUCCAUCCCUCGUCUCCCCAUUCAUCCAUUCUCCAUCCCUCGUCUCCCCAUUCAUCCAUUCUCCAUCCCUCGUCUCCCCAUUCAUCCAUUCUCCAUCCCUCGUCUCCCCAUUCAUCCAUUCUCCAUCCCUCGUCUCCCCAUUCAUCCAUUCUCCAUCCCUCGUCUCCCCAUUCAUCCAUUCUCCAUCCCUCGUCUCCCCAUUCAUCCAUUCUCCAUCCCUCGUCUCCCCAUUCAUCCAUUCUCCAUCCCUCGUCUCCCCAUUCAUCCAUUCUCCAUCCCUCGUCUCCCCAUUCAUCCAUUCUCCAUCCCUCGUCUCCCCAUUCAUCCAUUCUCCAUCCCUCGUCUCCCCAUUCAUCCAUUCUCCAUCCCUCGUCUCCCCAUUCAUCCAUUCUCCAUCCCUCGUCUCCCCAUUCAUCCAUUCUCCAUCCCUCGUCUCCCCAUUCAUCCAUUCUCCAUCCCUCGUCUCCCCAUUCAUCCAUUCUCCAUCCCUCGUCUCCCCAUUCAUCCAUUCUCCAUCCCUCGUCUCCCCAUUCAUCCAUUCUCCAUCCCUCGUCUCCCCAUUCAUCCAUUCUCCAUCCCUCGUCUCCCCAUUCAUCCAUUCUCCAUCCCUCGUCUCCCCAUUCAUCCAUUCUCCAUCCCUCGUCUCCCCAUUCAUCCAUUCUCCAUCCCUCGUCUCCCCAUUCAUCCAUUCUCCAUCCCUCGUCUCCCCAUUCAUCCAUUCUCCAUCCCUCGUCUCCCCAUUCAUCCAUUCUCCAUCCCUCGUCUCCCCAUUCAUCCAUUCUCCAUCCCUCGUCUCCCCAUUCAUCCAUUCUCCAUCCCUCGUCUCCCCGUUCAUCCAUUCUCCAUCCCUCGUCUCCCCAUUCAUCCAUUCUCCAUCCCUCGUCUCCCCAUUCAUCCAUUCUCCAUCCCUCGUCUCCCCAUUCAUCCAUUCUCCAUCCCUCGUCUCCCCAUUCAUCCAUUCUCCAUCCCUCGUCUCCCCAUUCAUCCAUUCUCCAUCCCUCGUCUCCCCAUUCAUCCAUUCUCCAUCCCUCGUCUCCCCAUUCAUCCAUUCUCCAUCCCUCGUCUCCCCAUUCAUCCAUUCUCCAUCCCUCGUCUCCCCGUUCAUCCAUUCUCCAUCCCUCGUCUCCCCGUUCAUCCAUUCUCCAUCCCUCGUCUCCCCAUUCAUCCAUUCUCCAUCCCUCGUCUCCCCAUUCAUCCAUUCUCCAUCCCUCGUCUCCCCAUUCAUCCAUUCUCCAUCCCUCGUCUCCCCAUUCAUCCAUUCUCCAUCCCUCGUCUCCCCAUUCAUCCAUUCUCCAUCCCUCGUCUCCCCAUUCAUCCAUUCUCCAUCCCUCGUCUCCCCAUUCAUCCAUUCUCCAUCCCUCGUCUCCCCAUUCAUCCAUUCUCCAUCCCUCGUCUCCCCAUUCAUCCAUUCUCCAUCCCUCGUCUCCCCAUUCAUCCAUUCUCCAUCCCUCGUCUCCCCAUUCAUCCAUUCUCCAUCCCUCGUCUCCCCAUUCAUCCAUUCUCCAUCCCUCGUCUCCCCAUUCAUCCAUUCUCCAUCCCUCGUCUCCCCAUUCAUCCAUUCUCCAUCCCUCGUCUCCCCAUUCAUCCAUUCUCCAUCCCUCGUCUCCCCAUUCAUCCAUUCUCCAUCCCUCGUCUCCCCAUUCAUCCAUUCUCCAUCCCUCGUCUCCCCAUUCAUCCAUUCUCCAUCCCUCGUCUCCCCAUUCAUCCAUUCUCCAUCCCUCGUCUCCCCAUUCAUCCAUUCUCCAUCCCUCGUCUCCCCAUUCAUCCAUUCUCCAUCCCUCGUCUCCCCAUUCAUCCAUUCUCCAUCCCUCGUCUCCCCAUUCAUCCAUUCUCCAUCCCUCGUCUCCCCAUUCAUCCAUUCUCCAUCCCUCGUCUCCCCAUUCAUCCAUUCUCCAUCCCUCGUCUCCCCAUUCAUCCAUUCUCCAUCCCUCGUCUCCCCAUUCAUCCAUUCUCCAUCCCUCGUCUCCCCAUUCAUCCAUUCUCCAUCCCUCGUCUCCCCAUUCAUCCAUUCUCCAUCCCUCGUCUCCCCAUUCAUCCAUUCUCCAUCCCUCGUCUCCCCAUUCAUCCAUUCUCCAUCCCUCGUCUCCCCAUUCAUCCAUUCUCCAUCCCUCGUCUCCCCAUUCAUCCAUUCUCCAUCCCUCGUCUCCCCAUUCAUCCAUUCUCCAUCCCUCGUCUCCCCAUUCAUCCAUUCUCCAUCCCUCGUCUCCCCAUUCAUCCAUUCUCCAUCCCUCGUCUCCCCAUUCAUCCAUUCUCCAUCCCUCGUCUCCCCAUUCAUCCAUUCUCCAUCCCUCGUCUCCCCAUUCAUCCAUUCUCCAUCCCUCGUCUCCCAUUCAUCCAUUCUCCAUCCCUCGUCUCCCCAUUCAUCCAUUCUCCAUCCCUCGUCUCCCCAUUCAUCCAUUCUCCAUCCCUCGUCUCCCCAUUCAUCCAUUCUCCAUCCCUCGUCUCCCCAUUCAUCCAUUCUCCAUCCCUCGUCUCCCCAUUCAUCCAUUCUCCAUCCCUCGUCUCCCCAUUCAUCCAUUCUCCAUCCCUCGUCUCCCCAUUCAUCCAUUCUCCAUCCCUCGUCUCCCCAUUCAUCCAUUCUCCAUCCCUCGUCUCCCCAUUCAUCCAUUCUCCAUCCCUCGUCUCCCCAUUCAUCCAUUCUCCAUCCCUCGUCUCCCCAUUCAUCCAUUCUCCAUCCCUCGUCUCCCCAUUCAUCCAUUCUCCAUCCCUCGUCUCCCCAUUCAUCCAUUCUCCAUCCCUCGUCUCCCCAUUCAUCCAUUCUCCAUCCCUCGUCUCCCCAUUCAUCCAUUCUCCAUCCCUCGUCUCCCCAUUCAUCCAUUCUCCAUCCCUCGUCUCCCCAUUCAUCCAUUCUCCAUCCCUCGUCUCCCCAUUCAUCCAUUCUCCAUCCCUCGUCUCCCCAUUCAUCCAUUCUCCAUCCCUCGUCUCCCCAUUCAUCCAUUCUCCAUCCCUCGUCUCCCCAUUCAUCCAUUCUCCAUCCCUCGUCUCCCCAUUCAUCCAUUCUCCAUCCCUCGUCUCCCCAUUCAUCCAUUCUCCAUCCCUCGUCUCCCCAUUCAUCCAUUCUCCAUCCCUCGUCUCCCCAUUCAUCCAUUCUCCAUCCCUCGUCUCCCCAUUCAUCCAUUCUCCAUCCCUCGUCUCCCCAUUCAUCCAUUCUCCAUCCCUCGUCUCCCCAUUCAUCCAUUCUCCAUCCCUCGUCUCCCCAUUCAUCCAUUCUCCAUCCCUCGUCUCCCCAUUCAUCCAUUCUCCAUCCCUCGUCUCCCCGUUCAUCCAUUCUCCAUCCCUCGUCUCCCCGUUCAUCCAUUCUCCAUCCCUCGUCUCCCCAUUCAUCCAUUCUCCAUCCCUCGUCUCCCCAUUCAUCCAUUCUCCAUCCCUCGUCUCCCCAUUCAUCCAUUCUCCAUCCCUCGUCUCCCCAUUCAUCCAUUCUCCAUCCCUCGUCUCCCCAUUCAUCCAUUCUCCAUCCCUCGUCUCCCCAUUCAUCCAUUCUCCAUCCCUCGUCUCCCCGUUCAUCCAUUCUCCAUCCCUCGUCUCCCCGUUCAUCCAUUCUCCAUCCCUCGUCUCCCCAUUCAUCCAUUCUCCAUCCCUCGUCUCCCCAUUCAUCCAUUCUCCAUCCCUCGUCUCCCCAUUCAUCCAUUCUCCAUCCCUCGUCUCCCCAUUCAUCCAUUCUCCAUCCCUCGUCUCCCCGUUCAUCCAUUCUCCAUCCCUCGUCUCCCCGUUCAUCCAUUCUCCAUCCCUCGUCUCCCCGUUCAUCCAUUCUCCAUCCCUCGUCUCCCCAUUCAUCCAUUCUCCAUCCCUCGUCUCCCCAUUCAUCCAUUCUCCAUCCCUCGUCUCCCCAUUCAUCCAUUCUCCAUCCCUCGUCUCCCCAUUCAUCCAUUCUCAUCCCUCGUCUCCCCAUUCAUCCAUUCUCCAUCCCUCGUCUCCCCAUUCAUCCAUUCUCCAUCCCUCGUCUCCCCAUUCAUCCAUUCUCCAUCCCUCGUCUCCCCAUUCAUCCAUUCUCCAUCCCUCGUCUCCCCAUUCAUCCAUUCUCCAUCCCUCGUCUCCCCGUUCAUCCAUUCUCCAUCCCUCGUCUCCCCGUUCAUCCAUUCUCCAUCCCUCGUCUCCCCAUUCAUCCAUUCUCCAUCCCUCGUCUCCCCAUUCAUCCAUUCUCCAUCCCUCGUCUCCCCGUUCAUCCAUUCUCCAUCCCUCGUCUCCCCAUUCAUCCAUUCUCCAUCCCUCGUCUCCCCAUUCAUCCAUUCUCCAUCCCUCGUCUCCCCAUUCAUCCAUUCUCCAUCCCUCGUCUCCCCAUUCAUCCAUUCUCCAUCCCUCGUCUCCCCAUUCAUCCAUUCUCCAUCCCUCGUCUCCCCAUUCAUCCAUUCUCCAUCCCUCGUCUCCCCGUUCAUCCAUUCUCCAUCCCUCGUCUCCCCGUUCAUCCAUUCUCCAUCCCUCGUCUCCCCAUUCAUCCAUUCUCCAUCCCUCGUCUCCCCAUUCAUCCAUUCUCCAUCCCUCGUCUCCCCAUUCAUCCAUUCUCCAUCCCUCGUCUCCCCAUUCAUCCAUUCUCCAUCCCUCGUCUCCCCGUUCAUCCAUUCUCCAUCCCUCGUCUCCCCAUUCAUCCAUUCUCCAUCCCUCGUCUCCCCAUUCAUCCAUUCUCCAUCCCUCGUCUCCCCAUUCAUCCAUUCUCCAUCCCUCGUCUCCCCAUUCAUCCAUUCUCCAUCCCUCGUCUCCCCAUUCAUCCAUUCUCCAUCCCUCGUCUCCCCAUUCAUCCAUUCUCCAUCCCUCGUCUCCCCAUUCAUCCAUUCUCCAUCCCUCGUCUCCCCAUUCAUCCAUUCUCCAUCCCUCGUCUCCCCAUUCAUCCAUUCUCCAUCCCUCGUCUCCCCAUUCAUCCAUUCUCCAUCCCUCGUCUCCCCAUUCAUCCAUUCUCCAUCCCUCGUCUCCCCAUUCAUCCAUUCUCCAUCCCUCGUCUCCCCAUUCAUCCAUUCUCCAUCCCUCGUCUCCCCAUUCAUCCAUUCUCCAUCCCUCGUCUCCCCAUUCAUCCAUUCUCCAUCCCUCGUCUCCCCAUUCAUCCAUUCUCCAUCCCUCGUCUCCCCAUUCAUCCAUUCUCCAUCCCUCGUCUCCCCAUUCAUCCAUUCUCCAUCCCUCGUCUCCCCAUUCAUCCAUUCUCCAUCCCUCGUCUCCCCAUUCAUCCAUUCUCCAUCCCUCGUCUCCCCAUUCAUCCAUUCUCCAUCCCUCGUCUCCCCAUUCAUCCAUUCUCCAUCCCUCGUCUCCCCAUUCAUCCAUUCUCCAUCCCUCGUCUCCCCAUUCAUCCAUUCUCCAUCCCUCGUCUCCCCAUUCAUCCAUUCUCCAUCCCUCGUCUCCCCGUUCAUCCAUUCUCCAUCCCUCGUCUCCCCAUUCAUCCAUUCUCCAUCCCUCGUCUCCCCAUUCAUCCAUUCUCCAUCCCUCGUCUCCCCAUUCAUCCAUUCUCCAUCCCUCGUCUCCCCAUUCAUCCAUUCUCCAUCCCUCGUCUCCCCAUUCAUCCAUUCUCCAUCCCUCGUCUCCCCAUUCAUCCAUUCUCCAUCCCUCGUCUCCCCAUUCAUCCAUUCUCCAUCCCUCGUCUCCCCAUUCAUCCAUUCUCCAUCCCUCGUCUCCCCAUUCAUCCAUUCUCCAUCCCUCGUCUCCCCAUUCAUCCAUUCUCCAUCCCUCGUCUCCCCAUUCAUCCAUUCUCCAUCCCUCGUCUCCCCAUUCAUCCAUUCUCCAUCCCUCGUCUCCCCAUUCAUCCAUUCUCCAUCCCUCGUCUCCCCAUUCAUCCAUUCUCCAUCCCUCGUCUCCCCAUUCAUCCAUUCUCCAUCCCUCGUCUCCCCAUUCAUCCAUUCUCCAUCCCUCGUCUCCCCAUUCAUCCAUUCUCCAUCCCUCGUCUCCCCAUUCAUCCAUUCUCCAUCCCUCGUCUCCCCAUUCAUCCAUUCUCCAUCCCUCGUCUCCCCAUUCAUCCAUUCUCCAUCCCUCGUCUCCCCAUUCAUCCAUUCUCCAUCCCUCGUCUCCCCAUUCAUCCAUUCUCCAUCCCUCGUCUCCCCAUUCAUCCAUUCUCCAUCCCUCGUCUCCCCAUUCAUCCAUUCUCCAUCCCUCGUCUCCCCAUUCAUCCAUUCUCCAUCCCUCGUCUCCCCAUUCAUCCAUUCUCCAUCCCUCGUCUCCCCAUUCAUCCAUUCUCCAUCCCUCGUCUCCCCAUUCAUCCAUUCUCCAUCCCUCGUCUCCCCAUUCAUCCAUUCUCCAUCCCUCGUCUCCCCAUUCAUCCAUUCUCCAUCCCUCGUCUCCCCAUUCAUCCAUUCUCCAUCCCUCGUCUCCCCAUUCAUCCAUUCUCCAUCCCUCGUCUCCCCAUUCAUCCAUUCUCCAUCCCUCGUCUCCCCAUUCAUCCAUUCUCCAUCCCUCGUCUCCCCAUUCAUCCAUUCUCCAUCCCUCGUCUCCCCAUUCAUCCAUUCUCCAUCCCUCGUCUCCCCAUUCAUCCAUUCUCCAUCCCUCGUCUCCCCAUUCAUCCAUUCUCCAUCCCUCGUCUCCCCAUUCAUCCAUUCUCCAUCCCUCGUCUCCCCAUUCAUCCAUUCUCCAUCCCUCGUCUCCCCAUUCAUCCAUUCUCCAUCCCUCGUCUCCCCAUUCAUCCAUUCUCCAUCCCUCGUCUCCCCAUUCAUCCAUUCUCCAUCCCUCGUCUCCCCAUUCAUCCAUUCUCCAUCCCUCGUCUCCCCAUUCAUCCAUUCUCCAUCCCUCGUCUCCCCAUUCAUCCAUUCUCCAUCCCUCGUCUCCCCAUUCAUCCAUUCUCCAUCCCUCGUCUCCCCAUUCAUCCAUUCUCCAUCCCUCGUCUCCCCAUUCAUCCAUUCUCCAUCCCUCGUCUCCCCAUUCAUCCAUUCUCCAUCCCUCGUCUCCCCAUUCAUCCAUUCUCCAUCCCUCGUCUCCCCAUUCAUCCAUUCUCCAUCCCUCGUCUCCCCAUUCAUCCAUUCUCCAUCCCUCGUCUCCCCAUUCAUCCAUUCUCCAUCCCUCGUCUCCCCAUUCAUCCAUUCUCCAUCCCUCGUCUCCCCAUUCAUCCAUUCUCCAUCCCUCGUCUCCCCAUUCAUCCAUUCUCCAUCCCUCGUCUCCCCAUUCAUCCAUUCUCCAUCCCUCGUCUCCCCAUUCAUCCAUUCUCCAUCCCUCGUCUCCCCAUUCAUCCAUUCUCCAUCCCUCGUCUCCCCAUUCAUCCAUUCUCCAUCCCUCGUCUCCCCAUUCAUCCAUUCUCCAUCCCUCGUCUCCCCAUUCAUCCAUUCUCCAUCCCUCGUCUCCCCAUUCAUCCAUUCUCCAUCCCUCGUCUCCCCAUUCAUCCAUUCUCCAUCCCUCGUCUCCCCAUUCAUCCAUUCUCCAUCCCUCGUCUCCCCAUUCAUCCAUUCUCCAUCCCUCGUCUCCCCAUUCAUCCAUUCUCCAUCCCUCGUCUCCCCAUUCAUCCAUUCUCCAUCCCUCGUCUCCCCAUUCAUCCAUUCUCCAUCCCUCGUCUCCCCAUUCAUCCAUUCUCCAUCCCUCGUCUCCCCAUUCAUCCAUUCUCCAUCCCUCGUCUCCCCAUUCAUCCAUUCUCCAUCCCUCGUCUCCCCAUUCAUCCAUUCUCCAUCCCUCGUCUCCCCAUUCAUCCAUUCUCCAUCCCUCGUCUCCCCAUUCAUCCAUUCUCCAUCCCUCGUCUCCCCAUUCAUCCAUUCUCCAUCCCUCGUCUCCCCAUUCAUCCAUUCUCCAUCCCUCGUCUCCCCAUUCAUCCAUUCUCCAUCCCUCGUCUCCCCAUUCAUCCAUUCUCCAUCCCUCGUCUCCCCAUUCAUCCAUUCUCCAUCCCUCGUCUCCCCAUUCAUCCAUUCUCCAUCCCUCGUCUCCCCAUUCAUCCAUUCUCCAUCCCUCGUCUCCCCAUUCAUCCAUUCUCCAUCCCUCGUCUCCCCAUUCAUCCAUUCUCCAUCCCUCGUCUCCCCAUUCAUCCAUUCUCCAUCCCUCGUCUCCCCAUUCAUCCAUUCUCCAUCCCUCGUCUCCCCAUUCAUCCAUUCUCCAUCCCUCGUCUCCCCAUUCAUCCAUUCUCCAUCCCUCGUCUCCCCAUUCAUCCAUUCUCCAUCCCUCGUCUCCCCAUUCAUCCAUUCUCCAUCCCUCGUCUCCCCAUUCAUCCAUUCUCCAUCCCUCGUCUCCCCAUUCAUCCAUUCUCCAUCCCUCGUCUCCCCAUUCAUCCAUUCUCCAUCCCUCGUCUCCCCAUUCAUCCAUUCUCCAUCCCUCGUCUCCCCAUUCAUCCAUUCUCCAUCCCUCGUCUCCCCAUUCAUCCAUUCUCCAUCCCUCGUCUCCCCAUUCAUCCAUUCUCCAUCCCUCGUCUCCCCAUUCAUCCAUUCUCCAUCCCUCGUCUCCCCAUUCAUCCAUUCUCCAUCCCUCGUCUCCCCAUUCAUCCAUUCUCCAUCCCUCGUCUCCCCAUUCAUCCAUUCUCCAUCCCUCGUCUCCCCAUUCAUCCAUUCUCCAUCCCUCGUCUCCCCAUUCAUCCAUUCUCCAUCCCUCGUCUCCCCAUUCAUCCAUUCUCCAUCCCUCGUCUCCCCAUUCAUCCAUUCUCCAUCCCUCGUCUCCCCAUUCAUCCAUUCUCCAUCCCUCGUCUCCCCAUUCAUCCAUUCUCCAUCCCUCGUCUCCCCAUUCAUCCAUUCUCCAUCCCUCGUCUCCCCAUUCAUCCAUUCUCCAUCCCUCGUCUCCCCAUUCAUCCAUUCUCCAUCCCUCGUCUCCCCAUUCAUCCAUUCUCCAUCCCUCGUCUCCCCAUUCAUCCAUUCUCCAUCCCUCGUCUCCCCAUUCAUCCAUUCUCCAUCCCUCGUCUCCCCAUUCAUCCAUUCUCCAUCCCUCGUCUCCCCAUUCAUCCAUUCUCCAUCCCUCGUCUCCCCAUUCAUCCAUUCUCCAUCCCUCGUCUCCCCAUUCAUCCAUUCUCCAUCCCUCGUCUCCCCAUUCAUCCAUUCUCCAUCCCUCGUCUCCCCAUUCAUCCAUUCUCCAUCCCUCGUCUCCCCAUUCAUCCAUUCUCCAUCCCUCGUCUCCCCAUUCAUCCAUUCUCCAUCCCUCGUCUCCCCAUUCAUCCAUUCUCCAUCCCUCGUCUCCCCAUUCAUCCAUUCUCCAUCCCUCGUCUCCCCAUUCAUCCAUUCUCCAUCCCUCGUCUCCCCAUUCAUCCAUUCUCCAUCCCUCGUCUCCCCAUUCAUCCAUUCUCCAUCCCUCGUCUCCCCAUUCAUCCAUUCUCCAUCCCUCGUCUCCCCAUUCAUCCAUUCUCCAUCCCUCGUCUCCCCAUUCAUCCAUUCUCCAUCCCUCGUCUCCCCAUUCAUCCAUUCUCCAUCCCUCGUCUCCCCAUUCAUCCAUUCUCCAUCCCUCGUCUCCCCAUUCAUCCAUUCUCCAUCCCUCGUCUCCCCAUUCAUCCAUUCUCCAUCCCUCGUCUCCCCAUUCAUCCAUUCUCCAUCCCUCGUCUCCCCAUUCAUCCAUUCUCCAUCCCUCGUCUCCCCAUUCAUCCAUUCUCCAUCCCUCGUCUCCCCAUUCAUCCAUUCUCCAUCCCUCGUCUCCCCAUUCAUCCAUUCUCCAUCCCUCGUCUCCCCAUUCAUCCAUUCUCCAUCCCUCGUCUCCCCAUUCAUCCAUUCUCCAUCCCUCGUCUCCCCAUUCAUCCAUUCUCCAUCCCUCGUCUCCCCAUUCAUCCAUUCUCCAUCCCUCGUCUCCCCAUUCAUCCAUUCUCCAUCCCUCGUCUCCCCAUUCAUCCAUUCUCCAUCCCUCGUCUCCCCAUUCAUCCAUUCUCCAUCCCUCGUCUCCCCAUUCAUCCAUUCUCCAUCCCUCGUCUCCCCAUUCAUCCAUUCUCCAUCCCUCGUCUCCCCAUUCAUCCAUUCUCCAUCCCUCGUCUCCCCAUUCAUCCAUUCUCCAUCCCUCGUCUCCCCAUUCAUCCAUUCUCCAUCCCUCGUCUCCCCAUUCAUCCAUUCUCCAUCCCUCGUCUCCCCAUUCAUCCAUUCUCCAUCCCUCGUCUCCCCAUUCAUCCAUUCUCCAUCCCUCGUCUCCCCAUUCAUCCAUUCUCCAUCCCUCGUCUCCCCAUUCAUUCAUUCUCCAUCCCUCGUCUCCCCAUUCAUUCAUUCUCCAUCCCUCGUCUCCCCAUUCAUUCAUUCUCCAUCCCUCGUCUCCCCAUUCAUUCAUUCUCCAUCCCUCGUCUCCCCAUUCAUUCAUUCUCCAUCCCUCGUCUCCCCAUUCAUCCAUUCUCCAUCCCUCGUCUCCCCAUUCAUCCAUUCUCCAUCCCUCGUCUCCCCAUUCAUUCAUUCUCCAUCCCUCGUCUCCCCAUUCAUUCAUUCUCCAUCCCUCGUCUCCCCAUUCAUUCAUUCUCCAUCCCUCGUCUCCCCAUUCAUUCAUUCUCCAUCCCUCGUCUCCCCAUUCAUUCAUCCUCCAUCCCUCGUCUCCCCAUUCAUUCAUCCUCCAUCCCUCGUCUCCCCAUUCAUUCAUUCUCCAUCCCUCGUCUCCCCAUCCAUUCAUUCCCCAUCCCUCCUCUCCCCAUCCUUCCUUCGCCAUCCCUCCUCUCCUUAUCCCCUCCUAUUCUCUCCCUUCCUCUCUCCGCCCGUUCUUCUCCCAGUCCCGUCCUCUUCCAGCCCCAUCCUCUUCUUAUCCGCUCCUCCCCCAAUCCCCUCCACUCCCCAUCCCCUCCCCUCACCACCCCAUCCUCUUCUCAUCCCUCCUCUCCCCAUCCAUCGUUUCCACCAUCCCCUCAGGUGUCCCACACUGGGAUCAGCUCCGUGGCACCUCCACAUCCGCGCCGCACUUCUGCAUUAAGGAGCUCUAGGGGCGCUGUCCGCGGACAACGACGGGCAGAAUUGUGCUGCAGAGGCGGACGUGUGUUUUGUAAGAGAGCACCUGUGUCUAAGGGCGCGGACAGCGACGGGCAGAUUUGUGCUGCAGAGGCGGACGCGGUGCUGCUGGAGUGCGCUUAG